AUGACUGUUCUGAUCUUGUCCUGUGUGAGCUGCACCUGCGCCUCACAGCGGAGGAGGUACCGCAGAGACUGGCUCGUCCCAACCAAGAUGUUAAAGGAGAACUUUGACUAUCACAACUCCAACCAUGUUGCCCGGAUCAGGUCCGACAAUGACAUGAACGGGCGCCUCCGCUACACGCUCACCGGACACGGGGCUGACCUGAGGCCCUACCACCGCUUUGUGGUGGAGGAGGACGGGAAAGUGUUCGUCACUGGGAUUCUGGACCGAGAGGAGCGGGAGGACUACACUCUAACCGGAGCAGCUUGGUACUAUAACGGCACUUUGGCAGAGGGGGAAAUCACGCUCAAGUUUGCGGUGGAGGACGACAACGACAAUUCUCCGGUGUUUUCAAGUGUGGUCCCCAUGUCUGUGGCAGAGUGCAGCCCACCAGGCACUGUGGUGGGAAAAAUUACAGCAUUCGAUGCAGAUAAACAAGGAACGCUGAACACCAAGAUUGCCUACACCAUUAUCAAACAGGAGCCUAAGGAGGACCAGUUUCACUUUGACAUCGAGAAAAACUCUGGGAAUAUUCUUGUCAAAGGAGACCAACUGGACAGAGAGAGGCAGGACACCUACACGUUGUUGGUGAAGGGCGUGGACUUGGAUGGAGAUCCGAACGGUCGAUCAGCCACAGGGACGGUGGAGAUCGAAAUCACUGACAGCAACGACAACCCCCCCACACUGGAGAAGGACUCGUACACUGCUAAAAUCAAAGAGAACGAGGCGGAUGUAGAGGUUUUAAGGAUCCAAGCUCAUGACAAAGACUUGGAGCAAACAGAAAACUGGCUCGCUGAGUUCGACAUCGUUUCCGGAAAUGAAGAUGGAAUUUUUAGCAUCUCCACUGAUCCUGUGACAAAUGAAGGAAUCCUCAAACUGGUGAAGCCGGCGGAUUAUGAACUCAACCCAAACAUCCAACUUGGGGUAGUAGUGACCAAUGCUGCCCCAGCCAGUGGUGCAGGAGGUGGUGCAGGAGGUGGUGCAGGAGGUGGUGCAGGCGAUGGCGCGGGUGAAGGCGAGGGAGAUGGCAAAGUGUACGACAUCAACAUCGCGGUGGAGAACGUGAUUGAGGGAGCGUCUUUCAACCCCGAGAUCUUGCCGGUCCAGGUCUCGGAGAAUCCAGAGGAUUUGCCAAAGGACAAGGUGAUCGCAGUGUACCAGGCCAUGAGCGAUGACACGGGAAAGCCAGCAGACAAUGUCAUAUAUGCAAAAGCCUAUGAUCCAGAUAACUUGCUGAUUGUUGAUCCAGAUACUGCAGAAAUCAAACUCCAAAAGAGUCCAGACCGAGAGUCUCCACAUGUGGUCAAUGGGACAUACUAUGCCAAAAUACUCUCCAUGACCAACGAGUCACCAUACUACACUUCCACUGGGACAAUAGCACUGCAGGUCAGGGAUAUGAACGAUAACUGCCCCACCUUGACGUCCACUCUGGUGUAUGUGUGUGAGGAUACCAAUGUGGUCAACAUCACAGGACAUGACCAAGAUGAGGAUCCCAACGGACAACCCCUCUCCUUCAGAGUCGUCACAGAGAAAACACGAGGGGAGUGGAGAGUCCAGCCUAUCAAUGGUACACAUGCCUCUCUUCAUUCCUCGACUGUCUUUUGGGCUGGAGAAGUCCACCAGGUCUGGGUGGAGGUUAUGGACCGGCAGGGCCUAUCCUGCCCAGAACCUCAGACCCUGGAGGUGCGUGCAUGCUUGUGUGAGGGCAUGGACAGCUGUGAACCCAUAUCUGUGGCCCAGACAAAAAAUGCCCGGAAGGAGUUUGGAGCUACACUUGGAGCUUUGGGGGUGAUAGCGAUGAUCCUGGCUCUCCUGGCACUUCUCCUUGCUGUCUUUAUGGCUACCUGCCAAUUGGGACAACCAAGCAAGGCAGGUAGGUUUCCUGACAUCCCUGCAACAGAAGAAAGGCUGGUAAACUACCACACUGAGGGCCAAGGAGAAGACAAGGAUAUUCCUCUUCUCAGUUCCUCUUCUCCAGCCUACAUGUCUACCUACAACUCCACAGCAUGGGACAGAAGUGAUGCUCGAGAACUGACUAUGGGAGAAACCCAAAUGACUUAUGCAGAUCAACGGAUCAAAGGAUCCGUUGAUCUGCGGAUCUGUCCUGUAGCACAGGACAGAUGUGUUGCUAGAGAACUGACUACGGGAGGAACCCAAAUGUCUCAGGCAGAUCAACGCUUUCAGAUCGACAAAAUGGAGGGGUUCACGCUUCCAAAUGUUUUCAUCGAUGACUACUUUUCGCAGAAGGCGGCUCACUUUGCUCUAAAGGACAUCACACAAGAUGGAAUGUUGAAUUUUGAGCGGGAAGGACAAGGAUCCUCCGAGGGAUCCCUGAGCACCUGCAGUUUCCCGUGGUCCCAUGACGACCUAGAGUUUCUGAAUGACCUCGACCCAAAGUUUAAGACACUAGCUGAAAUCUGCUCUCCUCCUCGCCCUCCUGCCAACUUCUGCCAUCUCGAAAACUACAUCCAAAACAUCGAUUCUAGAUAA